AUGAACGGUGGUGAUGAGGUCGGAGCUUCUUCAGACUUACCUCCGCCUUUGGAUUGGAGAUUCUCUCAGGUGUUCGGUGAACGCAGCGCCGGCGAAGAAGUUCAAGAAGUUGAUAUCAUUUCAGCGAUUGAGUUUGAUAAAUCUGGAGACCAUCUUGCUACUGGGGACCGUGGAGGACGUGUUGUUCUUUUCGAGAGAACAGAUUCCAAAGAUACCAGUGGAGCUAGAAGAGAUCUUGAAGAGACAGACUAUCCACUGAGGCACCCUGAGUUUCGUUAUAAAACUGAAUUUCAAAGUCAUGAGCCUGAGUUUGAUUACCUCAAGAGUUUGGAGAUAGAGGAGAAGAUCAACAAAAUUAGAUGGUCUCAAACAGCAAAUGGUGCUCUCUUUCUCCUUUCGACAAAUGAUAAAACUAUCAAGUUCUGGAAGGUUCAAGAUAAAAAGAUCAAGAAAAUUUGUGACAUAAAUACGGAUUCUUCCAGACCUCUAGCAAAUGGAAGUGUUGCAACCUCGAGUAAUUCAAACACUAAUGGAGGUUCACCUGACAAAUUCAUCAAUUCUUUUAGUAAUGACUACUCAUUUCCGCCAGGAGGCAUCCCUUCGCUGAAAUUACCUGCGGUAACUACUAGCUACGAGACUAGCCCUGUGGCUAGAUGUCGAAGAGUGUACACUCAUGCUCAUGAUUAUCAUAUCAAUUCAAUCUCAAACAAUAGUGACGGCGAGACAUUUAUUUCUGCUGACGAUUUGCGGAUAAAUCUUUGGAACCUGGAGAUCAGCAAUCAAAGUUUUAACAUUGUUGAUGUCAAGCCUGCGAAUAUGGAAGAUCUUACUGAGGUUAUCACAUCAGCCGAGUUUCAUCCUACCCAUUGCAAUACCUUAGCGUAUAGCAGUUCGAAAGGCUCAAUUCGCCUGAUUGAUCUGCGACAAUCAGCUUUAUGUGACUCACAUUCCAAAUUGUUUGAGGACACAGAGACGCCAACUUCUAGAUCAUUCUUCACAGAGAUAAUUGCUUCCAUUUCAGACAUCAAAUUCGCGAAAGGAGGAAGAUAUAUACUUAGCCGUGACUACAUGACGCUUAAGUUAUGGGACAUCAACAUGGACUCAGGUCCAGUAUCAACGUUCCAGGUUCACGAACAUUUAAGACCAAAGCUCUGUGAUUUAUAUGAAAACGAUUCCAUCUUCGAUAAGUUCGAGUGUUGUCUAAGUGGUGAUGGACUGCGAGUGGCUACAGGUUCCUACAGCAAUCUCUUCCGUGUGUUUGGUGUUUCCCGGGGAAGUACCGAAACUACAACCUUGGAAGCAAGCAAAAACCCAAUGAGGAGACAAGUCACAACUCCUGCGAGGCCAUCAAGACCAUCCUUAAGCAGUAUAACGCGCGCGGUUAGAAGAGGAGCCGAGAGUUCUGGAGUCGAUGGGAACGGUAAUUCAAUUGACCAUACAAGCAAAUUGCUGCAUCUCGCAUGGCAUCCAACAGAGAACUCGAUAGCUUGCGCCGCUGCGAACAGUUUGUACAUGUACUAUGCUUAA